GGUGACUACAAGUGCCCCACGCAAGAGCAUCGCCCAGCGGCCGGGACAGCGCGGAAGGUUCGCCGAGACCCGAACCGGGACCUUAUUCGGGCGCGGCGGGUUGGUGGCACUGGCGCAUAAACUUGCGAAGUGGGCGGUGGAACCAUUCCAGGGCGGCCAGGACAGGUGCCAGCUUCACCUGGAAUCUUCGAUGCCCAUCCUGGGCCAUCCCACCUCGCACUGCACACUGGAGGGGCAGUGAAGCAGUGACCUGCCUGCUUGCAGCUUGGGGUAAAGAUCGCCAAAUAAACAAAAACAUCGACAAAUGUCUCUGUUCUUUUGACUUGCGAGCGCUUGACUCUAGCCUUUUAAUCCCCCCCAAUUCAGUACCUCAUCACCGUCAUUUCAAAUACUUGACCCGAUUGCAAAAGACGACGACCAUGAGCGAAGGUAGCUUCCAACGACCGUUGCGUGGCGGUUGCCAGUGCGGGCGCAAUAGUUACAUCAUCGAGGUCCCGCAAGGCACGACCGAGAAAGCGCAGGUGCUCUUCCAUACAGACUCAAUGCACAGAGUUCCUCUCGCAACCCCACUAGCCGCCAUGAUCCGAGUGCCACUCUCGUGGUAUCAUAGCUCAACCCACGCCUUCUACCCGGACGAAAGGCACUCCGCGAUCCGCCGCGUUUUCGAAUCACCCUCCAACCACCACCCCUCGAGACGAAACUUUUGCGGCUUCUGCGGCACGCCGCUGUCCUACUGGACCGAGAGACCCCCUACCGAGGCGGAGUUCAUCCAUCUGACCCUUGCGAGCCUGCGAGGCGAAGACCUACGAGAUCUGGAAGAUUUGGGGCUGAUUCCAGAGUUUGAAGAGCCGGAAGAACAGCCCGCUACUCCGACAACAACCACGGUAAUUGGGAGAGAAACCCAGGGCGUACCUUGGUUCGAGGGCAUGAUCGAGGGGACCCGUUUGGGCAACCUGCGUCACAGCCAGGUUGUUGAUCAUAGCAAAGACGGGAAAAUUAGGGUUGAAUGGGAGAUUGUAGAGUGGACCGAGGGAGACGACGCUACCAACGUGGCCCCAGCAGCGGAUGGCGAUGUUAAUAUGACGACGAAUCAUCCGGGAAAACGCAAAAUGAACGACCGAGAGGAUGAGGAUGCGGCUGUUGACGGCAUGCAUUGAGCCUUGCCCAUGCCGUGCAUUGCAGCAGCAGGGUAGGUCGUAAUGAGUCCAGGGCCGUCUCGAGCUGGGCCGGCUCACCUUCGUCCCGGCUUCCGUACACCUCGGUGAGGCUCUGGAUAGGGUCUCCAAAACAAUAGCUAUGCUUCUGGCGCGGACUUUGUCACGUUGGUCUUGGAAUUUGGCGCAAAAGUGUAGCAGUUCAAAAGACGGUCUUCCCAAUUUACACAUAUGAGAGAGUGUGCUCCAUGGCGGAUAUGGUAGGAGUUGGGAUACGGUUCGAAGAGAUGGGCAGGCAUACACUGUAUCGAACGCAGUAUCAACGAUGAUAAUAGUAAAGGUGAAGAUAUCUUGGGAUAGCUGUAGACGCGACCAUGUAUGCACAUGCCUGAGCAGAGAAUAAGUGUUAUAAAAUCUCCGAUGAUUUU